AUGCAUGCUCUAUACAAAAUACGUAAAAACGUAGAUUUUCACUGCCUACCCGCUAAUUUAGCUUGUAAAAUCUUCGACAGUGUGAUUUCACCAAUUCUACUUUAUAAUUCGGAAAUAUGGGGAGCAUACAUAGACAAUGAUUUCGCCAAAUGGGAUAAAACCGUCACUGAAAAAGCUCAUUUGAAAUUCUGUAAACUAUACUUGGGUGUCAACAGAAAAGCCAGUAACCUUGCCAGUAGAGGGGAACUGGGAAGAUACCCAUUACAAAUUUCAAUACUUAAAAGGAUACUUAGGUAUAUUAAAAACAUAUGCCAACUCCCAGAUUCAUGUAUCGCGAAACAAGUUUUCCAUUAUUCGAAAGAGCUAUACAUGAACAAUAAUGAAUCUUUUUACUCCAAUGUCAUAAAAGUUUUGAAAAGAUAUCUUCCUGAACUAGACGAUACAAUGGAUCUAGAAACAUUUACUAAAGACACGAUUGUAGAUUCUUUCAUCAAAAAAAGUGUCAAAGACAACUAUGUUUCAUUCUGGAAUGAUCAAGUAAGAAAUUCCAGAAAACUAUCAUUUUACUAUACAUUUAAAAAGAAAUAUAAAAUGGAAGAAUAUCUUAACACAAUAAAAGACCCAUCCCAAAGAAGAAUGUUUGCAAAAUUCCGAAUAAGUAAUCACAAACUACUUAUAGAGUACGGCCGCUAUCAAAAUAUACCCCGUGAAGAAAGAUAUUGUAAAUUAUGCGGCACUCAGAAAGUCGAAGACGAAUUUCACUUUGCCUUCGAAUGUCAAAAUUAUGAAAACAUUAGGAAUGAUUCCAGCAAUAUACUGAAAAACAUUUUUCAAAUGACUCUUGUAACAGAGUCAAAGCAAAACUUAUUGAGUCAUGUUAUUUCAAGCACUGAUUCAGUUUUAAUCGAUCUAUUUUCAAAAUUCAUUGCAAAAUGUUUUAACAUUAGAGACAAAAGCCUUCAAACAAGAGAUACUAACUAA